UCAGCUGACAACAGGAAUGGCUUCGUGUUUCCCCUGCGCUGCUGCUCUCUGAAACAUGGUGCUCUCUUUACCAGGUUUAACUCCCGAUUUCACUGAGGAGCACCUGCGGGACUUGAACACACUGAGCCCAGGGCACGGAGAGUGUGAGGAGGGAGCAGCGGCCACACCAUGCUCCUCCUCCAGCUACCGGAGGAUGUCCUCUAUCACAUCCUGUCUUAUCUGGACUACAGGUCUCUGAGCCGUCUCUCUCAGGUCUGUAGAAGCCUGUGUCGCUUCGUGAACCGGGACGCUGUGUGGAGGAGGAUCGCCAGAGAGUUUCUGAACACGGGGAUCAGGCGGGACGGGACGGACAUAUAUCCUCAUAUCCCGCUGAAGGAGAGAGUGAAGAUAGCUCAGAACUGGAGGGAUGGGGUCUGCAAAAGGGCGAUUCUUCUCAAAUGGAAAACGAAACUGUUGCCAUGGUUGCAGCUGGAUGGGGAUGUACUGUUUCUGUCUCAGGCUGCUGAUAUUGGAGCGUACCAUUUGCGCCAAGACUCAGGGAGACUCCAGCGUAACCCAUUUGAAAUCUACUCAGGCCAUAACGGAGACGUGUGUCACUUUGUUCUGACGGACUCUCACCUGAUCAGUGGUGGAAGCGAUGGCAAGAUCCUGGUCCACAGCAGGACCAGUGACGUGUCGGUGGAGUUAUCAGGUCAUAACCAGGAAGUCAACUGCCUGGACUCUAAAGAUGGACUCAUCAUCAGCGGAUCCAGGGACCGAACAACGCGGAUUUGGACCUCGACUUCCAACUGCCCCAAAGACACAAUCCCCAUGUACGACAGAGUGUGGUCUGUUGCCAUUAGUCCAGCGCUGAGCUCCUUUGUAACAGGGACGGCGUGCUGCGAGAACUUCUCCCCUCUUCGCAUCUGGGAUGUUGAGCGGUUGGAGUGUGUGAGCAGUCUGGGCUCAGAGUUUCGCCGCGGGGCCGGUGUGUUGGACAUGGUGUUUGAGUCUCCAUUCCAGCUCUUCACCUGCGGCUACGAUACCUUCAUUCGACUGUGGGACCUCAGACUCAGCCCACGGAAGUGUGCGAUGGAGUGGGAGGAGCCUCAUGACAGCGCUCUGUACUGCAUCCAGACGGACGGAAAUCACAUGAUCGCCAGCGGCUCCUCGUACUACGGUGUUGUACGACUCUGGGACAAACGGCAGACUGAAUGCCUGCAGUUCUUCCAGCUGAGCUCAGACCCGGUGAGCAGCCCGGUGUACUGCCUGAGGUUCAGCAGCACUCGCCUGUACGCAGCCCUGGCCACCGCCCUGCACUCACUGGACUUCAGACAGAACCCCGUCUAUAUCAGAUGAUACACACACACACACACACAAACACACACACACACACACAGCUCAAAUUUAUCAGUUUAAUAAAGGUGUCUAUUUUCACAAUAAAAGUUUUCACAUUUUAAAA